AGGCAACGGGCGCCAGGGCCUUCGCGUCCCUUCCCAUCUCGCGCGCGCCCUCGUUUCUUUACAGUUCCUUAGGUCGGAUUACUUCCUUCCCUAUCGGCCAGGCUUUCGGGCGCGCGGGGAGAGCGCGUCUGCGCGCGCCGUUUCUCUCUCUCCCCCCGCCACCCCCCCCCCACGUCCGCGUUCUGUCAACGUCUCGCCCCGGCUCCAGUCUUCUGGCGGCUCCUUUUAAGCGGCGGUGGGUUCCUGCUUCCGUCUUCUCGGUCCUCCCCCCCCCCCCCACCAAUCUCUCGCUUACUCCCUCCCCCGCUUCCAUCGCAUUCUCCCCUCGCGCGCCGCCUCCCCGCUUCUCCUCCAUCGGAGACCCCGGCACUGCGGGAGCUUUGGCCGGCGCGGAGACCCAAAAAAAAAGCCAGGUUGCCGGCGCGGAUUUAAGAUAUAUAUACUUGAAUACUAUAAUGCCAAAGGAAAACCUCCUUUCCCUCUUUCAGACGUAAUUUUCAUUGAUUUCUCUGGAAUUUACCGUAUGUCAAGGGAGAAAACAUCCAGACUAACCCAAAGUUACCUUUGGCAGCUAUGUCAUCCCCCAUUCCUUCCAUUUCCUGAUAUACGUUAGCCUGUCCAUCUCAGCACAUCGGAGAAUCCUGUUUAUUAUCAGAUGGUCAGGGGGCGUAUCUGCAUCUUUCCACAGUUGAGCAAAUGCCAUUCUCGCUGUUGAGACAUGGACAAAUAUAUACCAAUCCUUCUUGUCUUAUUCUGAGCAUAAAGCCAAAACAUUUGUGACCUUAGUACUUGGAAUGUUCAUCAUCCUGGAUAAUUAUUCUGAAAUUCUGCUAUAGGAUAAAUGCCUUGAUAAGAAAAAGGUGAUGAUGAAUAGCACUGAAGCCUUGAAAUCCUUGUAUUGACUGAGGAAUUACAAUGUUUACUUUGUGAACAAAAACUAUUUUGUAGUGGACAAAACAUUUGAAAAUGCGGCCAUGGACUGGCUCCUGGCGAUGGAUUAUGCUCAUUCUUUUUGCUUGGGGAACAUUGCUCUUUUACAUAGGUGGACACUUAGUACGAGACAGUGAGCAUCCGGACCACUCUAGCCGUGAACUGUCAAAAAUACUAGCAAAACUUGAACGAUUGAAACAGCAAAAUGAAGAUUUAAGACGAAUGGCAGAGUCUCUCAGGAUACCAGAUGGUUCUAUUGAUCAGGGCCCUGCUGCAGGAAGAGUACAUGCUUUAGAAGAACAGCUAAUAAAAGCCAAAGAACAGAUGGAAAAUUACAAACAACAAACAGGAGAUGUGAGCUUUGGAAAAGACCAUGAAAUUCUAAGAAGAAGGAUUGAAAAUGGAGUCAAGGAGUUUUGGUUUUUUCUCCAGAGUGAACUGAAGAAAUUAAAAAACUUGGAAGGAAAUGAAUUGCAUAAACAUACUGAUGAACUUCUAUCUGACUUGGGUGAUCAUGAAAGGUCAAUAAUGACAGAUCUGUUUUACCUCAGUCAAACUGAUGGAGCAGGUGAUUGGCGAGAAAAAGAAGCCAAAGAUUUGACAGAGCUAGUGCAGAGGAGAAUAACUUAUCUGCAGAAUCCCAAGGAUUGUAGCAAAGCCAAGAAACUAAUAUGCAAUAUCAACAAAGGAUGUGGUUAUGGUUGUCAACUUCAUCACGUGGUCUAUUGCUUCAUGAUAGCAUAUGGCACUGAAAGGACACUGAUUUUGGAAUCUCAGAAUUGGCGCUACGCAACUGGAGGCUGGGAGACUGUUUUUCAGCCAGUGAGUGAAACAUGUACUGAUAGAUCAGGAAGUACUACAGGGCAUUGGUCAGGUGAAAUGAAUGACAAAAAUGUUCAAGUUAUAGAAUUGCCCAUAGUUGACAGUCUACAUCCACGGCCUCCAUAUUUGCCACUGGCAAUUCCAGAAGAUCUGGCUGAUAGACUAAUUCGCGUCCAUGGGGAUCCUCCAGUAUGGUGGGUCUCACAGUUUGUCAAAUACUUGAUUCGUCCACAGCCUUUGUUAGAAAAAGAGAUAGAAGAAGCCACAAGAAAACUUGGUUUUAAACAUCCAAUUGUUGGUAUUCACGUCCGUAGAACAGAUAAAGUGGGAACAGAAGCAGCAUUUCAUCCGAUUGAAGAAUACAUGAUACAUGUUGAAGAACGUUUCCAACUUCUUUCCCGGAGAAAGCAUAUUGACAAAAAGCGAGUCUAUUUGGCUACAGAUGAUCCUUCACUAUUACAAGAGGCAAAAUCCAAAUAUCCAAACUAUGAAUUCAUAAGUGACAAUUCUAUAUCAUGGUCAGCGGGUCUUCACAAUCGAUACACUGAAAACUCUCUGCGGGGUGUUAUUUUGGAUAUACACUUCUUGUCUCAGGCAGACUUCCUUGUGUGCACUUUUUCUUCACAGGUUUGUCGAGUUGCUUAUGAAAUCAUGCAGACAUUACAUCCUGAUGCAUCUGCCUAUUUUCAUUCUUUGGAUGAUAUUUAUUAUUUUGGGGGACAGAAUGCCCACAACCAGAUUGCAAUUUAUGCUCAUCAUCCUCGAACUGCUGAUGAAAUUCCUAUGGAAGCUGGAGAUAUAAUUGGUGUUGCUGGAAACCACUGGGAUGGCUAUUCCAAAGGCAUCAAUAGAAAAUUAGGGAGAACAGGUUUAUACCCUUCCUAUAAAGUAAAAGAGAAAAUUGAGACAGUCAAGUAUCCCAUAUAUGAAGAGGCUGACAAAUAAAGGCAAGCAAAAUAAUUCAUAGCAACUUUUACUUUGAACUAUUACAACCAACCAUAUUGUUGACUUUUGUAGGAUGUGAAUUUGCAAUUUAACAUACGGUUAAAAUGAAAGCCUUUUACUGUUCAGACUGGAUGCACAGCUUGGAACAAUUUGAUAGGGCACUGUUUGAACUUUGUUAUAUGCACACUGCACACAUGCACACUGAUACACAUUCAACAGGAACUAUUGUUUUAUACUUUUUGUCUUUCUGAGAAUAUGUUCCUCCCAUGAAUCAUAUAUGAAUUUUGGGCUCGGUUCUUUGCCAUUAAUAAACUAUAAGACUUUUAACACUGCUGCAUUAUGUAAUUUAAGUGACAUGAGCAUAUUUUGUAUGUGCAGAAUAUAAAAUAUGGUGCCUCUUUCUGAAAGAUCAGUGACAUUUUAGAAGAGCCAUGUCUCGUUCUCCUGAUGGGCAAGAAUUAUGCUUGCCUUUCACUGAUGUUAUGACCACUCAACAUGCUCCAACCAACAGAUUUAAACAAUCAGAAUACCUAUCUCUUUACAGGAUUUUUUGCUAGCAAUUUCAUUGAUUAAUUCAACUCAUCAUUAAUUAAAAAAUACAUCCAACUAUACAAUAAUUGUCUGGUAGAAAUUUUUGUAAAACUAUGCCAUGAACUGAUUCUUUAGUACUGUUUCUUGACAUUGUCUUUGAUAACAAAAAAUAAAUUAAAAAAUGAAUGGU